AUGGAGCAACUCGAGGACGAACCGCUACGAAGCUACCUGAACAGAUUCAAGAGUGCGCUGCUCGACCUCAGGGACAUUCCGGGAGCACCCCCAAUCGCGGAACCGGUACUCGUCCAAGCCCUCGGAAACGGACUUCGAUACGAAUCCGGAUUCUGGGAAGAUAUCCGCAUCCGCCCCUCCCCAACUUUGAAGGACGCCUUCCUUCGCGCUGAGAAUUACAUCCGCCUCGAGCAAGACAUCCCGCAGCUACGGUUCGACCCCGAAGAUCCUCGGUUCCGGCUAAGAAACAAGAGAAAGUCAUCAUCCUCUCGCCCGGAGAAGUCCACGCAUAAAGCACCAAGGUGCCAUCACGAAUCUCUCCCUCGCCGAGACGACGCCCCUGUCUACGAUGACGAGACCAGGAGAAACAUGGAGAAUCGCGCGAAGACUGAUCGCCAUGCACCCCCGCAAUGCUCGUUCUCCGAUCAGGAGAUAUUCGAGAUCAUUGCCGAUAUUCGAAGAACUCCCCUGACAAGCCGCCUAUCCGAGGUACCACUGAAGAAGCGCGCUUCACUACACCUAAACUUCUACGACGGCCGAGAAGAUCCCAAGCAGUGGAUCACAUCCUUCAUGACGGCCAUGAGAAGACAGAAAUACACAUCGCCGGAAGAACAAAGCGCGCACUUCUGCCAAGCCCUCGCCGAACACUUGCGCGGCGACGCCCUAACAUGGUUCAGCAACCUCUGUGCCGACUCCAUCGACAGCUUCGACGAUCUAGCAGCCGCUUUCCUAAAGCAACACCUCCGUUUCGCAUUAGACGACCUCGUCUUUUGCAAAACCGAUGAUGAUACGAUCUAUGGUCUCGGCAAAUUCGGCUUCCGACUGGGAAGGACCAUUCCGCAUCGCGAAAGUCGUCAAACCAGGUAUCUAUCAGCUAGAAGACAACCUCGGCACCACGUCCGAUCGCCUCUGGAGCUCGUCGGAUCUGCGCAAGUUCCAUGA